UUUCAGUCGUGUCGUCACUUCCGUCUUCCUCUCUUGCUUCCAUCUUGCUCUCCGCGUGUGUUUGCUGCUGGCGUGCAGGUCAGUGAGGAGCUCUAAAUACUAUAUUUCCUGCACAACCACUCUUCGUUACGAGGCUCAAGAUGAAAGAAACGAUAAUGAACCAAGAAAAAUUAGCCAAGUUACAGGCACAAGUCCGCAUUGGCGGAAAGGGAACUGCUCGCAGAAAGAAGAAGGUCGUUCACAGAACAGCCACUGCAGAUGAUAAAAAGCUUCAAUUCUCGCUGAAAAAGUUGGGAGUAAAUAACAUCUCUGGCAUUGAGGAGGUGAACAUGUUCACAAACCAGGGCACAGUGAUUCACUUCAACAAUCCCAAAGUGCAGGCCUCACUAGCAGCCAACACCUUCACCAUCACGGGCCACGCAGAGACCAAACAGCUGACGGAGAUGCUGCCCUCUAUUCUUAACCAGCUGGGUGCUGACAGCCUGACCAGCUUGCGCAGACUUGCUGAGGCCCUACCCAAACAAGCUGGUGAUGGAAAGGCCCCCGUAGCUGGUAUAGAGGAAGAUGAUGAAGUUCCAGAUCUUGUGGAGAAUUUCGAUGAGGCUUCAAAGAACGAGGCUAAUUAACUUCAUGGGAAGGAAAUGCGUUAAAUCUCCGGUCUCCGCAGAGACAUGUGGGACUUUAUUUCAGUUUCUUUUAUAAACAUAUUGCACCCCAAAAUCAUUUUUCAUGCACUGCUGUGACCCCAUUGUGUCGAGGCAGAGAGCGUGAGAUUAUUUGCACCGCACAAGUUCAUGCACAGUUUUUUGAGUGUGUGUGUGUGUUUGCUUGUGCGGUAUAAGAGGCAUCUUUGCCUCCACCUUCCCUGUUACUGAGGCUUAGUUGUUUGCAGCCUAUCCGAAUCAACAUCUGGAAAUAAACAUUUGCUAUUGUCAAAAAGCUUAUUAAAUA